CUCCUGACUGCUCCUCUAAAAUGUUUUCAUCUGCCUCUGAUUCUGUUUUCGCUCGGACAAAACGACACCCUUCUUUUGUUUCGACUGGAUGUUUUUUUCGUACGAGUGAAGUGGCCAUCGUUUUGCCUCGGAGAGGAGAUGUAAGUUACUUUUCCAUCCGGAGUCGGACGUCCGAAACAGGCUGGAUGAUGCAGGAUGCCAGCGGGCACAGAGGAUUCCUCCCAACAACCUGUUGUCAGUAAACGGACGAAACAUCGCCCACGAUGGGGAAUACAAAUAACUGGAAGGCUCUUUAAGGAGGCAACUGGAGUCUGGCAAGAUUGGCAGAACCUAUUAAGAAGCAGUCUGUAAAAGCAUAUCUGGGCACCGCUACAUCCAAGAAUGAGGAUCAAAUACACAAUAUCCAUUGUCUUUUUUGUGGCACUUGUUAUCAUUGAGAAGGAAAACAACAUUAUCUCGAGGGUGUCAGAUAAACUGGCAUUAAAGCAGACCCCCCAGACCCCUCUGCAGCUCAGCGGAGCCUCCCAUGUUCUGCUGAAGCGCAAUGGCUCCUUCGCAAACCUCAGCAAACUGGCCCCGGCCUUCAUGCUUAUGAAGCGGCGCCUUGAGAACUACACCGAGCACCAGGAGGUCCGGCCGGGGCCCCGAAAGCACAUCCUCCUGCUGGCAACUACCAGGACGGGCUCCUCCUUCGUGGGCGAGUUUUUCAACCAGCAAGGUGAAAACAUGUUUUACCUGUUUGAGCCACUGUGGCACGUGGAGAGGAUGCUGACGCUGGAGACCGGGGGCACCAAUGCCACAGCGGCGGCCAGGGCCUACCGUGAUGUGCUCCAGCAGCUCUUCCUGUGCGAUUUCUCCCUGAUGGAAAGCUUCAUCGAGCCCCUCCCCAUUGACCAUGUCACCCCAGCUCUCUUCCGCAGGGAGUCCAGCAGCUCCCUGUGCGAGGAGUCGGUCUGCAGCCCCUUUGUCAAGGGGGUCUUCGAACGUUACCACUGCAGGAGCAGACGCUGCGGACCCCUUAACCUGACCAUGGCGUCCGAGUCCUGUCUCCAGAAGGAGCACAGGGCCAUCAAGUCAGUGAGGGUGCGCCAACUGGAGACCCUGCGCCCGUUAGCUGAGGACCCCCGUCUGGAUGUAAAGUUCAUUCAGCUGGUCCGGGAUCCUAGGGCCGUACUCGCCUCGCGCAUGGUGGCCUUUGCUGCCAAAUACAAGCACUGGAAACAGUGGGCCAUGGACGGGGACGUACCCAUCGACGACGACGAGGUGAGGAAACUGAAAGGGAACUGUGACAACAUCAGGAUGUCGGCUGAGGUUGGUCUCAGGCAGCCGCCAUGGCUCCGUCGGCGUUACAUGCUGGUGCGCUACGAGGACAUCGCCCGUUUCCCGAUGAGGAAGGCGGCGGAGAUGUACCGGUUCAGCGGGAUCCCGUUCACUCCACAAGUAAAAACCUGGAUCCUAAAGAACACGCAGGCCUCCAAGGAGGUCAGCGGGGUGUACUCCACACAGAAAAACUCCUCCGAGCAAGUAGAAAAAUGGAGGUUCAGCAUACCUUUCAAAAUAGCCCAGGUUGUGCAGAGAGUUUGCGGGCCGACAUUGAAUCUCUUUGGGUACAAACUUGUGAACAGUGAAGACAUGCUGACAGACAAGUCCAUCAGUCUGAUAGAGGAGAAGGUGUUCAACUUCAUAUAGACUCUUGACAAGGAUGAACUCUGAACCCUGACCGACAAAACCAACAGUUUGGAAAACUCUGGAAUAACAAGUAUUUAUUACAGACUACCGGCCUCGAUGGAGAAUGAGAUAUUUUUGGAUGUGCUAUUUAAAGAUGACUGCUUUUCUAAAAGAAAAAGAAAGAAAAGAAUGAUGAAGAAAACACUGUUGA